CUCAGCUCUGCAGCGACACAGGCCACAAGAGCAAGAGGAAGACAUUGUUUGGUUUUGACAAGGGACAGACGUGCAGGUAUGAAAAAUUCACGUACAAGACUUGAGAGUAUGUACACCAAUGUGAUGAUAGGAAAAACGAACACAAUGUGCCCUUGUGAAAAGUUGAGUGAAGUAUUGCAUGUGGCAGUGACAUACAGAAAGUAUGUUUAACUACCGGCGCCGUAAGAGUUUUCCCAAGCUUUUGGACAUGGAUGACUUGCGACCUCUGAUGCUCGACCCCGCGGAGGGCGAGCCAGACCAACACGCUGUGGAAUGCGCGCCGGAGGACCUGCCCGCGCUUCAGUCAGAAUCAAACCUACGCACUCAGCAGGGAGAUUGGAAAACUUUUCGGAACAUUCUAGUGCUGGGCUUUUCAUACCUGCUGAUUUUCACAUCCUUCAACACCAACAGCUUCAUGACACAAGUUGUCAUCAGAAGCAUUCAUGCAGAGGAUCCGAGCUUCACCGGGUCGGGUUACAUCUCCCUGGCAGUGAUCUACGCAGUGUUUGCCUCCUUCAACUGGUUGGCUCCAUCAUGCCUCAGCUUCCUUGGUCCAAAAUUAACCAUGAUUGUUGGGGGUGUGACUUAUGUAAUCUUUAUCGCAGGCUUCCUAUGGCCUAACACAUUUAUUUUGUACUUUACCUCUGUAUUAAUUGGAAUUGGUGCUGCACUGAUCUGGACUGGCCAGGGUAACUACCUCACCUUGAUGUCCACCCAGAAAACUAUAUCUCGUAAUUCAGGAAUCUUCUGGGCCAUGUUACAAACCAGUAUGUUGUUUGGUAAUAUUUUUGUAUAUUAUCAAUUCAUGGGGAAAGAGAUCAUUGACCAACACACACGCAUGGUGGUCUUCAUCGUACUUACCGUGGUUGGAGUGAUUGGUGUUGGUGUCAUGUGUCUGCUGCCCAAACCUGGCUCAGAAGGAGGAGGCCGAGCUGAUGACUUGGGAGGACCCUCCACUGCCCUCAGGAAGUCAUUUGCACUCUUCAAGACUAAAGACAUGCUACUCUUGUCAUUUGCAUUCUUCUACACUGGCAUUGCGUUGUCUUUCUUCAGUGGAGUGUACAGUGCUUGCUUGAGUUCCACGCUGCGAUUUCCAGACCCCAAACGUCUUGUUGGUCUGUCCGGGAUGCUCAUUGGUAUUGGGGAAAUUCUAGGAGGAGGAGUAUUUGGUAUUUUUGGAUCAAAAACUGUCAAAUUUGGCCGUGAUCCUAUCAUACUUCUGGGCUACAUUGUCCACAUGGUGUGCUUCUUCCUUAUCUUCAUGAAUCUCCCAACAAACUCUCCACUAUAUGGAACAAGUGACCCGUCCCAUUUACCCAGUGGCGAACCAAGUGAAGUAAUUGCCUUAUUGUGCAGUUUCCUGCUUGGUUUUGGAGAUUCCUGCUACAACACACAAAUUUACUCAAUUCUUGGAUCAGUUUAUGAAGACAAUUCUGGCCCAGCAUUUGCACUCUUCAAAUUUGUUCAAUCCUUGUCAGCAGCUGCAUGCUUUUUCUACGCAAGUGUCUUCAAAUUAUACUGGCAUCUCAUCAUCUUAAUAGUGUUUGCCACCAUUGGCACCUUCACGUUCUGGAUGGUGGAAUGGAAAGCACAUCGACGUCUCAAGGCAAAGCCAGACACAACUGCAUUUGAUUGACAGAAUCACUCUGGCACUCCAUCAUAAUGUGAAUAAUGAAUAGUAUUAAUAAAAUUACCUAUCUUCUUAGGAAAUAUUCCAUAUUUUAUGUGUUUUUUGUCAAUAAAUUAUCUUCAAAAAAACUUAUUUCCACUUGAAUAUUUAGGCAGUCUUGUGAAUUAGCACAAAAUUUUUUUCUUUUUAUUUAUAGAAUCCAGGUUAUAUCUGUAAGGAGGGUUCUGUGUUUUACGUGCUGUGUCUCUGUGAUGAUAUCACCCUUUAUUUUCUUAUUCUUGAGCUAUAACACUGAUCUUAUUUGCCUUGAUAUAUGAGGUUGAUGUGCAUAAUGGUGUGAGUACAUGACACUUAGCAUAAAAUGAUACAUGUGUAAUUAAUCACAGUUAUGCAUUAAUGUACAGUUUAUUGGAUUUUAGAUGUUAAUGAUGUAAAUUUGUUUUUUUUUUAUAUUUUAUUAAAACCAUUAAACAAUGAAGUAGCUAA